AUGAGCUAUCCUAGAGGUUAUUACAAUCCUAGUUACACACAAUCAUUAUACCCCUCUGUACAUCACCAUCAUCACCCAUACCAACAAGAAUCGCCGUACGCCAUGGAACGCAAAUCCCGACCGCUUUUCGAGGCCAUGGAAAAGUUAACCUUGACAUGCAACGGCCUAGCCCAUACACUUGAAUCAACAUUGAUGGCAACACAUUCAGGAUUUAAUGCACUUUUACAACUGACACAUCAAUUUCGCACUAUCCGACACUCUGUGGGCCAUGUCUUUGGUGUUUUAUCAUUAUUACGUUGGCUCAAAUCUAAGAUUCUCGGCAGCCGAGUCAAAUCAUCUACGCUCGCCAAAUUUUCCAUCAAAGAAUUCGAAUCUUACAGUCAUAAAAGCAAUAGUAUUACACCUUGGAUGAUCGUACUUGUUGUAUCAAUAGGUGUCCCUAUGAUCAUGCAAUUACAUCAGAAACAAGUAGCAGAUGUAGAACAAAAGAAUACUCUUUCAACUGGCACAACAGUUAAAGCUGAGGCGGCUGCAGCACUAACAGCAUCCAAGCCUACCAAAUUAGACUUUGCAAGAGCGUUAUACUCUUUCCAAGCAGAAUCUUCUAAUGAAUUGACUUUACGACCUAAUGAUCUUAUUGCUAUCUUAUCAAAAGAAGAUGCUGAUUGGUGGCAAGGAAGGUUGAAGAAUGGCAAGAUUGGUUAUUUUCCUGCAAAUCACGUAGAAAUCAUUGAAAAGAAUAUAGAAAUUCCAACAAGAGCAUCCAUUGCUCCUUCGGCUUAG